GACAGGCUGCAGCAGUGGGCACUGGGCAGCAGCGGUGACUAGACAAGCGCUUUAUCGACACAACAAGAGCACAGGUGCCGAAUAACCCAGCAAAAUGCUAUUUUAAACCAUCGCACGUCUCAUCCCGAAGCCAGAGAUGUGAUGAGGAGUAUGAGUCCAAUGUUACAUUAGUCUCAGCGUGACAUGCUGGCCUGUCUGCCGGUAUCAGACCCCUCCCACCAGCUUCUCUCUCACACGCAGAUGAACACUGGACUUCAGAAAUGGGACACUACACAGAGGAUGAGAUCAGCACACUAUCCUACCCCAGCGGAAUUGGAUGCCUAUGCUAAAAAAGUUGCCAACAACCCACUGACUAUAAAAAUCUUCCCGAAUAGCGUUAAAGUACCUCAGAGGAAGCAUAUCCGCCGCACCGUGAACGGUCUCGACACCUCCAGCCAGCGCUACAGCCCCUACCCGCCUCAGGUCAACACACGGACGGGCCUCUUGGCCAUCGUCAAAGUCCCCGUAAAAGGGAUCCUCAAGGACAUUGAAGGCGGCCGAGCCCGUUUUCUCCCCAAGCUCAUCAUGAACCCGCACGGUGGGCUUUACGCUAAUCCCAGCACUUUAAAUGUUCCUCACACUGUACCACACCUUCAGACUCUGCCUCAGUCGCAGGCGGCUUUAGGACAAAAGAACCUCGGUCACUCUCAGGCCUUGCAGGUCCACUCGCAAUCCCUGCAGCAGAAGACUAGUUUACAACCGCAGCAGAGCCUGGCCCAUCAGGAGGUUCUGCAUCAGAGCCAAGCUCACCACGCCCUCAACCACCAACAGACUCUUAUGCAGCAGCAACAGCAGUUGCCAGGCCCACAGGGACUCAGACAUCUGCCUGAUAUGGCCCAGUCCAUAACCCUGCAGCACUCCCAGGGUUUCUCUCAAUCCCAAACGAUGCCGCAGGCCACUUGCGCAGGCCCCCCGGCACCUGGCGUUUUGCAGCCACCCCUGGCAGGCCUACAGAUCCCACGCAAGCUGCCCGAUGCAGACGCCCCUCCCAAUGUGACUGUGUCUACCUCAACCAUUCCGCUGUCCAUGGCUGCCAGCCUGCACCAGAACCGCCCCAGUGACCUGAGCAGCAUCGUCAAUCAGAUCAACCAGUUCUGCCAGGCUCGGGCCGGCAUGGGCUCUACCUCCGUGUGCGAAGGACAAAUCGCCAACCCCAGCCCCAUUAGCCGCAACCAGCUCAUCAACGCGAGCUCCCGGGUGUGCACCCAUAACCCCGUAGUGGGCCCUUUGCCUUCUUGCAUUCUCGGUAACUCCGACAAUGCCGGUCCUGCCCCUGCUUUACCACUGCCUGACAUUGGUGUGUUAAAUAGGAUGCAAGUCUACCAUAAUGACAUGAAGCAGCAGCCACACUUACAGCAACGCCAACAGGGCCCUUGGGGUCAGCAUCAGCUGGUGCACCUUCAGAACCUUACAGAGGGAGGUCACCAGGCCAAGAACCUGACCAGAGAGGGCUUGGUAGGGCCCGGGUUUAUCACUAAGAGCAUGAGUUACCCACAGGACGUGUGUAUAGGUCAACCUUACAACUUGAAGCCUCCUUCCGACAAGCCAACGCCAUCUCCUCCGGUCAAUGGAAUGCCGGGGGCCUUGAGUUACAGCAACGGUCAUUACAUUCAGCCUCCUUGGAACAGCAUCUUGCCCACGCCAAACAGUGACAGCUCAGGGUCUCAAGACCUGGCAGGGCCUUUUCACGGGGGCCUGUCAGGGGCCUCAAUAGACUGCACCCCCGGAGCACAGUACAGGACCGGGGCGUCCACCUCUGGUCAGACGAACCUGAUGCAGGGAAUGGAGUACAUGGGAGGAGAUUUCCAGCCACCCUGUUUCCGACCGCAGAAUCCAGGCACAAUGGCAAAGAUGCACAGAGCCUCAGUAAGCAGGGCCACAGAUUCAGGUGAUGGUAGAAACGUGCACAUUCACCACCCAGGGUACAGAUGAGCUGCGGCCAGCUCAUAUUAGUCCUGAGUCAGUGUUAGUCAGAUAUGACACAGCCCCCUCCUAUCUUUCCAUCUUGUUUUGUUCUCAGUCCUGCAAGUGAUCUACUGAAUGUUUCCUGUACGAUGAUUACCACAAAGCUGAAUCCGUAUAACCAUGUGCCACUUUGCAUCCUUCUUUGUUUUUGUUUAUUUUUUAGUUCACUAGUUUAGAUUGGUUAAAUAACUAGCUGUUGGAAAAUGUAGGCUUGUAUUUAUUUAAUUUUUUUCUCUUCAGAAAACAGCCAUAAUAGCAUCGGUUUGUGAGAUCGACACUGUUUAUAUCCAGUCCUGUCUGCUCUGUAUUAUAUGAACGGAAAGAUGUAUCACGCGGCACGCGUUUUAUUUAGCUCGCUUUUUGGUUACGCAUCUACAAAAUGUCUAUCAAGCAGAGAAGCCAUUCUCUCCAAAUGUCAUCUGUGUGUAGUUUAGGCCUACUUGAGAUUUGAAGUACUAACUCUUAACACGUUGACUUUAUUUACUGAAGAUGUUAAUGGGGUGCCAUGAUACUGAAAUAUUUCGUCUUUCUAACAGCUUACAUGUACAAUGUAUAGAGGUUGAUUUGAUUAUUUCCUUUCCUCUCAAUGUUUACAUAAUGUGCUUUUGUAACUAGUUCCGAGUCGAUAUGAAAGUGCAAACUGAUACUGGGAUAUGCACAUAUGACAAGACUGUUUCUUUUUCAGACUGUUGAACACGAAUCAGGUUAAAGUCUUAUAGAUUGAAUCGUCACACUGUGGCGUCUCAUGCCACAUACUGUAUAACGUCGAUCCUCCCUCAGAGUGUCAUCUAACGCUCCAUCCUUCAUUUUCGGUUAUUUGUUUUUCAAUAUCCUAUUAGGGUUCGGUUUAAACUGAGAAGGCUGUAGACUGAAAUUGCUUCGGGACUUGCACUGCGCCCUAACUGCGUAGCUUAGAGUUUUAUGUCCUCUCAAUUUAAUUGUUACUACUUGAAUUUCAUUGGAAGGUUUUUGUAAAGAUGGUGCUGGCAGGUUUCUACUCACUACUCGUCUUACGGCGGACCAACGUUUAACGGAUGACCCAAAUCUUCAUUUGUUUGUCAUUAAAGGAUGUCCUUGACCAUAAUUAGAUGAUGGAGGUGUUGGCGUAAGCGCAAUAUAAGCGAGCACCACGAGGGAGCCUGUGGCUUCACUGCUGUGCUACUGUAACUGAGAGGUGCGAUUAGCCCGUGUGAUUGGCUCCCUGCUUUUGCUCCAUCAUUAACACCAUACUGCUCUUCCCCGGCGGGAUCACUUCCAUCUCUGUCACACGCUGUUGUCUGUCAACUGAACCCUGCUGAUGCAUUUUCCACCCACCGCAGGCUCUCCGUGUGUCAUGUUUGUCCUUAUAUAAAAUAGCUGAAAUUCAGCGCCAAUGACAGUGUAGGUCUCUUUAACAAUGGGGAAGUAUCCUAAACAAAGUGUUUUUAUAAGCAAUAGUUUAUUUAAAUGGUCCUCAUGUCGUUCCAAACCUAUAUGCUGCGUUUCAAUGAAAGCUUAUAGUGACUUUGUUGAAGAUUAAUUCAUGGUAAAUGUUGUGCUUAUAAGCUCACAUCUAGCACAAUUUUUGCAUCCUAAACUAUCCUUUUAAAAGUAUAGUUUCACGAUUAGUUAACACAUACGUAAAAUAAAAACAGUGCUGAUUUAGAGACUAUAUUGUGCAUAACUUAAACUGGAAGUGAAUAUUAACACUAAUGUUUCCUGCAAAAAACUAAUAUGGAUUUAAUUGCUUUAGGAGAAGGAAGUUUUUCGCUGAAAAAAAUAACAGCAUAUGGAUUGGUUACAACAUGAGGGCAAGUAAAAAUAACAGGAUUUGUUUUUGUUGUCGUUUUAACCAUUCUUUAAGUUCGCAUAAACCCUUUGUAGUGUUUUUCUUUGUUGUUUCACUCCAAUUGAUUUGUGCGUCCUCCAUUGUUUACCUUCCAUGAAGAGUAUCUCUCUUUCUCAGGUCUACCUGUGCCUCUUUUACUCAAACCUUCACAUACGUCUCUCUACCUUUAUCAGGCAAAGCAUGCGUACUGUCAGAUUUGGUGUAGUGGGUGGAGCAACUGCAGAAGAGCAAAAGGGCGGAGCUGUGACGCCCGGUAUCGUAACCUUCCUCUUUGCCCCUCAAAAGCCUUAAAUAUUUGUUCCUUGAACUGUCCUUGGCAGUAGGCAUGGUUUAGAAUAUAAAUUAAUGAUAUUUAGCUACAUUUGUUUUUGUGAAACUGUAAAUUGGGAGAUCAAACUCUCGAAAGGAGGUUUUUUGUAUUUAGCAAUUUAUUGUAUGUGUAGUACUGGGCUGUAACAAUAGUCGCAUUCAGACCGUGUCACAUUAUAUUCUCCAAAUUUGCAUCUCAGUUUACCUUUGCAGCAAAACAUAUUCUUCAAGUCCUAGAUCUGUUUUGUUUCAUGGGCAAACGCUUUACGAUAAGCAAAAAUGCGAAGAAAUGUUUUGCGACUAGGCCGAACGGCACAGACUUACGUUUUUAAGCCUCUGUCGUGUCACUAUAUUUUGCCCACGAAGCUGCUAUUUUUAUUCCAACUACAAAAAGUUAUUUCUUAUAAAUGUUGUGAGGAUAGAGUUAAGAUCUAAUUUAUAUUAUGCCUUUUUUGCAAUGCAAUAUUGUUAAUAGUUUGAGCAUCUGCAGACGUAAUAAGUUAUUCAAUUUGCCUGUCAACUGUGUCGUUGUAAAGCUUGAACUGUAUUUCUUUCGUUCCUCAUUUCAUGCCUUGUUACAGCUCGAGAGUACAAAGUCAGGUUACUCAUUUAAUAGAUACUAUCUCUAUGUGAAGUGCCUCCUCUGGGCUGACAUGUAUGUGACCAUCGGGAUGGGCAAUGGACCGGCGCUAGUGCACGUUAGGUAGACGUAGUGCACUGCUCACGAACGAGGAACCAAGCUACUUUAAAACUACUGAUAAAAAAAAACGAACACCGUUUGCUGCUCCAGGUGCGAGAAGUGUUGCUGCUGAAUCACUAGUUUAGGUGGCGAGAGCUACGCUGCUUAACUCCUUAGUGUCCUUGAAACAUUCGAAGGAAUGCUCUCGAAAGUUCUUUUGUCUUUUGGAGCACAUGCACUCCUACCCCCAUCACCCCCCGACCCUCCCCUUUAUGGAGUGUGUGUUAGGAGGAGUUGAGUGCGUUUCAUCUUGUUCCACCAAAGAACAAAAUGUCACUUGAAUGGUAGCAGUGUGCACCUGUUUUGUGUAACCGAAAACUGUCAUUCCAGAUACACAUUUUUUCAGGAACGUGUUGCACAAACAUUCCCCUCUAACCAAAAUAAAGUUUGACUUGCAUUUGCAAAGUGUGUUCGUGUCAUCUGUU